AAGCAUUGUUAUUGAUUAGGUAAAAUUCAUCCGUUUUACAGUAUCUAACGAGUUUAGGACGGUGGCGUAUGAAGUGGCCAACUGGCGAAGACAGGCUUGGGCAUUGGCUUGCCUCUACUGGAGACCAAGCGCCGGGCAGGUGACAAGCGACGACGACUCCCUUGACGCUCAAACAAUAGCGCGUAAAUCUUCUCGCCGUAUGGAGAGUCAUUUCUACCGGUUUGAACGGCACAUUGGUGAUGGAGCCUAUGGAGCUGUCCACGCAUGCGUGGGGCCAUCUGGAGAGCUUGUAGCUGUGAAGCAGUGCAAACAUACUGACAACCCGGAGAUUACGCGGAUGAUGCAUCGCGAAAUUCGGGUGCUGCGGUCACUGCCGCCGCAUCCCUGCAUCGUGCCGCUGCUAGACGCAUUUCGCAGCCGCUCUUCCGGUCGAAUCCACCUGGUAUUCAAAUUGAUGGAGCGUAACCUCAGCCAGGAUCUAGAGGAUGCUGCCCCAGGUCGGCUGCAAAGCGAGCUCAUUAAGCUCAUCGCCUGGCAGGUGGUGCUUGCACUGGCGCACUGUCACCAACACAAGGUAAUGCAUCGGGAUGUCAAGCCUGGAAACGUGCUGCUAUCUGGGGGCGGCAACACCUGCGUCGCAAAGCUCUGCGACUUUGGUUUCGCUCGCUUAAUGGGUUCUACGGGCCAGGAGCCACUUAGCAGCUAUGUGGUGACAAGGUGGUAUCGCUCUCCGGAGGUUAUCGUGGGGGACGAUUACGGAGCUCCCAGCGACAUCUGGAGCCUGGGCUGCACGCUUGCUGAGCUGGCAACUGGCGACCCGCUGUUUCCCGGACGCAGCAGCCUGGAUCAGCUGGCUCGCAUCAUCCGCUGUCAGGGCCAGCUCCCAAACCGCCAGGCGGCAUGCGUGCUGUCAGAUCGCCGUCUAGCCAUCCUGGGCUCAACCACGCUGCCUAGGACACGGACGCUUGCGGAGAGGCUGCCGGAUGUGGAACCCGGGCUGCUCGACAUCAUCUCAGCCUGUCUGGCACUGGACCCGGCGCAACGACCAACUGCCAACUGCAUCCUACAGCUGCCCUACUUCCACGGCAUUCCUCGGCUGCUGCAAGCAGCCCCAGCGUCGUCGGGUCUGCAGCAGAUGCUAGUCCACUACCGUAGGGCGGUUCAGCAGUGGACACGGCAGCAGCAACAGCAGCAGCAGCCCAUUGGACAGAACGGAACUCUGCCAGCACAGCACCAAUCGCGAGGUGCAGUUGCGAUCCAGAUGCAGGCACUUGAUGACAAUGUCCUGGGAACCAAAUGCAAGGGAGCAGGGCCGUCUGCAACAACAGACGCAACGACGGAGGCACCAGGCCGCAAGCAUGCGGUCGGCGUCGCUGGCCAGAUAACACGUGCGCUGCGGGGCUUCAGCUCGUCACUACGGGGCUCCAUGGGUAUGAUGCAUGCAACGCCGGCAAAGCCGGCGGCUGCAUCCGCUUCGGCUUCUCCCGCUGCAACGACGAAAGGCAACCGGCGCAACACGUCUGCUGCUUCCAUGGACGGUUCCGCACACUUUGGGACCAACCGCGUUGUGCCUGUGGGUGGUGGUCCCCGGGUCAAUGCGUCCUGUAAUGGCAUCGGCAGCCGUGGGGGCAACAACGGUGGAGCGCUUGCAGAUAGCAGCGGCAGUGGCCAUGACAGGGGGGCCCGUCAGGCGCAGACGUGCAACGGGAAUGUAGCCACAGAGCUGCUAAGCAGUGCCGCUGGUAACCAACAAGAUCGAUGCGCCCCAAUGCAUCCGGCCGCUGCUGCUGCUACAGGCCUCCCGUCUGCCGCACCCACGCAUGUAGGAGGCCAAGAGGAGGUGCAGCGGCUGGAGACUCAGGCAGGGCAACGCUGCGAGGCUCAGCAAGGUCAGGAACAGAUGAUCAUAAAGCAGCAAAGCGACACGGACAUCGUGACGUCCGCCACCAUUCGUGAUCUGGCGCAACAGUGCCUGCAGAUGGAACACGGACAGGAGCAGCAGGAUCACACGGGCUGUCAACAAGAGUAUGCGGGCCCCGUUCUGGCCGAGGACGAAGCGGUAGGCGCCGCUGGUACGGCCUGCAAGGCAGUACGGCCUGCUGCCAGCAGCGCCUACGGCGCUGAUGUGAGCUCAUACCGUUCGGGAGGGAAAGAGGUGGUUACGGGCGGUAGGGAGGCGGUGGACGAGCAGACGGCGUUCCCGGCACCGGCGGAGGCGGAGGCAGAGGCGGCAUCGGAUAGCGGAAUUGAGGAGGUGGCGGUGCAGGAGCAAGCAGGCGAGCAGCAGCAGGAGCAGCGGGACGCAGCUGCCGUUGAUUCUGCUGCUGGUGGUGGUGGUUGUCCUAGCGGUGCAGACACAGGUGUGCAGACGGACGGGGGCAACACGCCACCACCGGCGGUGUCGCCUCCCCAAGUCCCAAGCCCUCACCUGCAGCCGGAGACGCGUGGUGCUGCUGGUCAAACCGCAGCAAGAGCAGCUGCAGCAAGCCAGCCGCUUACCGGGCAACAGCGGCUGAAGAGUAUGGUCCUGUCAACUGGCGGUGCUGGCGACAUGAGCACCGUCUCUGGAUGGAGCUCAAACUUGUCUGCGUCAGCCCCCAUGCCAUUGUCCCAACCUGCAAGCGAAAUACAGAAGGCUGUUGCUACCUCCAGCGACGCUUUACCUGCGAAUGCGGUUGCUGGAAUCGCUUCUGCAGCCGCAUCGGCAGCGCCUGCUGCAGCGGCGUCAGCGGCGGCUAGCACCGGCCAAGCGGCUCGGCCGCCGGCGCCAAUGCUUCUGCUUCCUGUGUCUCUAUCGGUUUCACUGCGCAGCUCUCGCUCGUGUGUUGACCUCAACAUCGCUUCAAGCGCGCGUAUGCGUAGCAGUCUCAGCAGCAGUCUUUGCAGCGGCAGGCUUGGCGGCUAUGGAGAGCUUGCGACGACAGGGUCUGCCAGGACGGUAGGCGGCUCCGUUAUGCCUCAUCACCCGAACCCGCUGAACAACACCGACCCGCAGCGUCGGCGUUACACAAUCGGUUUGGGUGAGGCUAACCCGCCGACACAGCAGCAGCAACAACAAGAAGUCCAUGCGAAGAAGUGCUAUUCCGUGCCCCGAAAGUCCCAUAACGGCGGCAGCAGUCACCAGCACCGCCAUCGUACCGCAUUCGGCCGUACUUCGGAGACGUACACAAGUACGGCAGACCGCUUCUACUACGGCAGCGCUUCUAGCAAGGAGCUUGCCAGCAUUCAUAAGGCGUAUGGCAGCACCGGUGGUGGUGGCAACAACAGGAGCUCCAUGAGAGAUAAGCGCACCUCUUGGCGCUUGGCAACCAGCAGCCUGGAGUUUAGUUCCUUUGCAAAGUGCGCUUUAGGCUCCAGUACUACAUGCCCUACGGAUUUUGAUGUUUCGUGUGCCGCGAGUCCUGCCGGAUGGCCCACGGCGUUCUCCGGGCGCCGCGAGCACGUCCCUGCAAGCUUUGCGCACAUGCAGAAGCUGCCCCACGUCCGGGACGAGUCGGGUGAGCCCAUGUCGCUUUCGCAGCUGCUAGGCAGCGAUAGCGUCAGUUGUUACUCGGCCUCGGCCUCGAGACAUGGUUCAGGUUGGCAGCUUGGGACAGGAGCAAACGUCGUCUUGUCGGAUACCGCAGACUUCUCGCCGACGUCGACCAACUAUGGGACUGCAGGUACUGCUGCUGCUGCUGCUGCUGCUGCUACAGUGGCCGCUGUUGCCGCCCAGGAUUACAGCCGCCGUCGCAGCAGCUGCUUGGGCUCAGGUCCAACAGAGCCCGCCCACAUCGUCAUCAGCCAUGCGCAUGCGCGCGCACUUGAGGCAUGUAACGGUGAUAGCGGUACGGCAUCCGCAUGUGCUUGUGGAUCUGCUUCAGGGCCCCCUUCGACGUCUGCUUCCAGCUCAAUGGCCGUCUUAUCGACCUCCCCGCCAGCAACAGGAGCAGCAGCAACGGGAGCCGCAGCAGCAGUACCAGCAGCAGCUUGGCCGGCGACUUCCGUGGGCAUGGCGAGUAGCGGACACGUCGGCAACUACUGCCGCUUGUCUUCUCGUUCCACGUGGUCUCGCUUGGGUACCGGUACGAGUCGUUUGGCCGCUGUUUCCAUGCUCGACGAGAGCUCAAGGCAAGCCUCAACGCUGGCUGAAGCGGCCAUGGCCGCUGUCCAAAGCUCCUCUUCAAGCUCGUUGUCUCCAAUCCAAAGCCACGAGCGCCAGAACAACAAUGAAGGCGACACAUCUGCCCUCACGACGGCAGGGGAGGCCUUCAUCGGCAGCCUAGCCGCCGCCGCAGCUACGUCCAUAGCAGCCCAAGCGUUGCAUGCUGGGCCACGCGGCGUCGUGCAGGCAACACCGGCAGCAGCAGCAGGACCAGUUGUCACGGAUAUGCUUUUGAAACAAGAGAGUCAUCAGCAGGAGGGCAGGGCACCUGAGGCAGCCCCGGUGAGGGGUUCCAUUUCAGAAAUGCGACAGCCGUCACGGCUAAGGCACGGCAGCCAGCAACCUGCUAUUGCUUUGGUGCCAGGCGGUGGCGAACAGAAUGGGGUCAUGGAUGUCGCUGCUGUGAGUGGGAUGAUGCGAGGGUUUGCCGUGGCUAGACAGGAUGGGAAAGGUGGUACCAGUGAAGACAGGAACGGUGGUGGUCGCGGCGGGCUGAAAAGGCGCGGAAAACGGCAGGAGCACGGGGUCCGCAAGGGCUUGCAAAAGAUUGGCGAGGCGUUCUCCGCUCUGGUGGCAUGCGUGUCUGAUGCACGGGAUUGGGAUGAGUACGAGCAGGAUGAGGAAUAAGUAAUGCCGUGCCAAAAUGAGCUAUUGUGGAGCGGGGGUAGGCUGAAAGGGGCAAUGGUGGCGACGCUUCCUGCUAGCAGAGACGAUGGGUGCAACUAGGGUUAGAUGCAAGGAUUAUGGAAUAGGAUGGCAGUGCUCCACCUAUCUUGAUUUAGCACCAACAUUGUAGCUGUAGGGCCAGCAUCAUUCGGAGAGUCUGUGGGGGUUAAUAAGUUGUCUAGAUAGAGCUCAUGCAUGCCCAAAUGGCCCUCGGUUAAUAGCCGUUAAGCAGGAAGAGUUCAGCAGCUAGACAUUUUCAUACGUGAUCGGACGCUGGGGCACAGUAGGCGUCUAGCUAGACCAUAAGUUUGCGGUCUUAAAUAUCUAGUUGAAGCCUGGGCAUGCCCAUUAUGAGUGCGUCUGUGGUAUGCUUCGGCGGGGAGCCGCAUUGGUGUAUGUUGACACAUUGUCUGUUGGUCGCAGUGUAUUAACAGAUUGCACGACAGCAUGCAGGCGCGGUAUGGAGUUUAGUGAUUGCCACUUGUAGUAUGAAAGUUGCCGGGCUGUCGUGCCCUUACGCCGGUUAUCCUGCGUGGUUCGGUAGGAGUCGUACUGAAGGCACUUGCAUACCCUUUCGCGUCAGUGAGACUGGAUGGCAUUUCUUUAUCAGGUAUGGGCUGCCCUUUCCCCUAAGAGCCCUGGCGGGUGUGAGCGACUGCUCGGCUUUGUUGCCUCUGGUCGCAGCGCCCGCCUGCACGGAUCCGCUUUGUUUUAGAAACCUUGGUAACUUUGCGGAAGCUUUGAGUAAUAGAUGUCCCUGCUCCCUACAUGUUCUGCUUGAAGUGCAGGCCACUCUCACUGUUUCAACAUCGCAACAGUGGCUGGUUGGUUCGGUUAAUAAAGUAGUUAACUUCGGACUGGUUUAUGCCGCUCCAAGCAGUGAUCUUUCUUGCCGUAGAAAAGGACUCUGAGCCGCCUUAUUCGUUUGAAAAGGAAAUCUGCAGAAGGUGUUUAUUUUGGCUGCAAAUGCAAUUUAUGGCGUGUGGGGGAAGGGUACUUGAUCGUAGUCGUUACUCUGUGCCCGCACGCAAACUUGGCUGCGAGGAAGUUACAGGUCGCAUAUGUUCAAAACCGACGACGGCCCUGAUGCCUUAAGUGCUCUUUGGGUUGUCUGAUAUCCCAGGUCGUUGCGAUAAUAAUGUGCUACAUCGUCGUCAAACUUGCCUUAACUUUGCUAUAUAUGUGCUGUCGCCGUUUGCGUGUCCUAACUUGGUCAAUCAUCAUUGUGUUAGGCAGGAAGGAAGACUCGGUCCUUAACAGCCUUAGCUCAUCAGGGCUGGCUGUGCACCGCUGGCUGUUGGAAGAAUGUUCGUUGUAUUUUCAUGUUGCUGUAAUAGUAAGGUAGGUUGAGCAUGAUUGUGAGUGCUCUAGGCAGGAUGUCAUGCCUGAUUACCGUCGCAGGGUAUUUCGGCGAGUGGUGGCCGCGUACCAGGGUUAUGGACCACGUAAGGCCACUUGCGUGAGCCCGAUCGCACGAGUUCGCCUGUGUAUUAUGUUAUGAAUAGUUUAUAAAGAUGGUGGUAUGCAUAUGGCUUGGCACUUGUGCUGGUGCGGUCGGUGCGCCUUGGAGGGCGCCCGUACCUCGAAAUGAUGGUCCGAAUUUGUGCGCUCAACCAAAGUCAUGCUAUGUGCAUGGCAUGUGAUCUGUUGCGGGACGAGCGCCGGCUCAUAUAGAAAAUGUGGCACUGGCGCCCCGCCUCAGGCAGAGGUUUUACGAGACGCAGCCCACGCAGGAUUGCUCUUGCCAUGCCCUGCAAUGUAUGCCACUUGAAUAAGGUGUUUUGCCAUUAAGAUGGGCCGUUCUGUAGUACGUUAAUUUCAAGACAUGCAUGCUAAUAAGUACAAACGAGAUUGUAUCCAUGUCGAUUUGGACAAGCCCGCCGGUGGAAUUCAAGAUAGGGCAAGUUGUAAAGCGGAGAUGGUGUGUAUGCCGAAGGGUAUCCCUGGCUCUGUGGUUAAUCCCGGUUGAAGGUUGGUGGUGAGAUGUGGUGCGGAUUAAUAGUUGGCCUGUAUGUUCGCAGGAUUGCAUGUGAGCUAGACUUGUAGUCUAUUGCUGUUAAGCAAGCGUAUGAGGGUAUGUGCAAUGAGGAGUCGCUUGCUGUAAGGGUGGCCAAGUCUCCGUUCUGCAACCUGCAUGGAUGGAAGGACUGUAUGUCACAAGAUUGAGCAAGGAGGGUAACACGAUGGUGUGGGAAUACUCAUUCGGUGCUACAAAGGCAUUCCAUUACAUGUAACAGCGUAACGACAUAA